AUGAAGGACUUGGGAGAAAUUUCUUAUUUCUUGGGUAUUAGCUUUAAACAAGGAAAUGGAGUUAUUAAAAUGAAUCAGAAAAGAUACAUUCAGAAAAUACUAGAUAUAUUUGGUAUGUCUAAUUGUAAGCCUAGAACAAUCCCAUGCGAGCAGAGAUUUGAGGGCAUGAGUGAUAGUGAACAAGUAGACCCAAGGAGAUAUAGAGAGAUUGUAGGUAGUCUGAUUUACUUGAUGACAUGUACCAGACCAGAUAUUAGUUGGGUGGUUAGCAAGCUAUCUCAAAAAUUGUCAUGUCCCAGGUUGGAAGAUUUAGUGACUACAAAGCAUGUACUGAGAUAUUUAAAGGGCAGCAUGGAGCAUGAGUUGUGUUUUAGAAAGUGUGAUGGUGAGCUUAAUCUUAUUGCUUAUACAGACGCUGACUGGGCAUCUUCAUUGCAUGAUCGACACAGUACAACAGGGUACUGUUUUAGUUUAACUGAGAAUGGUCCUCCCAUAUUGUGGAAGUCUAAGAAGCAACCCACAAUUGCACUUUCAACUUGUGAAGCAGAGUAUGUAAGUUUAGCAGCCACGUCUCAGGAAAGUUUAUAUUUGAUGCAGUUACUUAACAGUAUGGAUAGCAAAAUAUAUACAUGCACGCGAAUAUAUGAGGAUAAUCAAGGGGCAAUAGCCUUAAGUAAAAAUCUGGUAAGUAGGCAAAGAUGCAAACAUAUUGACAUCAAGUAUCAUUUCUUACGAGAAGUACUUAUAGGUGGUAAAAUAGACAUUGUUUACUGUCAAACAGAACAUAUGGUGGCAGACAUACUUACCAAACGAGCUACCAAAGUUAAACUGGACAGGUUUAGACCCAUCCUAUUUGGAUACAAUCCAUGUGAUUAG